AUGAAGCUCGCUACCCUUGUCACCAUCUUUGCACUGGCCGGGUCAGUAGCCGCCGCCCCGUCACCCAUCGAAGGCAGCAUCCCCGCCAUCCAGCUGCGAGAGGUCGAUACCCCCGCAGGCGAUGUCCCACAGCCCGAGCUCACCGACGACCAACUUGCCACCGUCAACGCCGACCUCGACGCCGCCAAAACGGGUCUCGCCUCGGUCGAAGAGUACCUCCGCGACGUGCUCGCCACGCUCUCGGGCGACGACACGCCGAGUCAGAGCCCCAAGGAGGAGCGUAGCGAGGCGAGGGCUGGUAUCGAGGUUCGCGGGAACACCAUCCAGCAGCAGCUGGCUGAACUUGCCCGCUUGCUCCAAGCUAUCCAGAGCAAGGCGGCGCCGAUCUCUGGUGUCGGUGUCGGAACGAAGGGUUCCGGAACGACAUGGUGGUAG